CGGCUGCCAUGGUUAUCGAACUAAAAAAACCCUAGUCAAUUUUACAGAAUUAGCUGUAUAUAAAACCCUAACGCCUCCAUUGCUUCAAUUUUUCUCUUCAGAUUUUUGGGAUCGUGAAGAACAACACCGUCCGGGAUGUCGAAACGAGGACGAGGAGGUUCCGCCGGGAACAAGUUCAGAAUGUCACUGGGUCUGCCGGUGGCGGCGACGGUGAACUGCGCCGAUAACACUGGUGCUAAGAACCUGUACAUCAUUUCCGUGAAAGGGAUCAAGGGAAGGCUUAACAGGUUGCCUUCAGCUUGUGUUGGAGAUAUGGUGAUGGCUACUGUGAAGAAGGGUAAGCCAGAUCUCAGGAAGAAGGUUAUGCCUGCUGUCAUUGUUCGUCAACGCAAGCCAUGGCGCCGAAAGGACGGUGUUUUCAUGUACUUCGAAGAUAAUGCUGGUGUGAUUGUGAACCCCAAGGGAGAAAUGAAAGGGUCUGCCAUCACUGGCCCAAUUGGUAAAGAAUGUGCUGAUCUAUGGCCUAGGAUUGCAUCUGCUGCCAAUGCUAUUGUGUAGAAGAAGUAGGAGCUCCCCUAAGUAGUUUAUGAUUCUUGUUUUUUUUUUGGGUUGUCAUUAAGUUUUCGGAUUUCUGAGGAACGGUUUUGUCUUGGUAAGAAUUAUUUGUUCAAAAUUUUGGGAUGAUCAAAUGGUUCUCAUUUCCAUGGUUUUGAAUAUGCUUUUAUCCAAGUGUACGCAAAAGUUUUGAUAUGUUUCUUCUUCUCUUUAGUGAAUGAAUUGCUUAUUUAUUGAUG